AUGGAAAAAUGGUGGUUUAAUUCGAUGCUGUUUAAGUUUAAGAAGGAGUUCGAAUGCAAGUGUGGGCUAGAUAAACCAAUGGACAGUCUUAGUCCUAUUGAAAAUACCAGCGAAAGCAACGAUACGAAUCUAAAAGCCACGACUAAAAGGAUUCAGGGUUGGGAAGGUCGUCAUGAUUCUAGUUACAGUAAGGUUGAUCCUUUAUUUGUUGUCAAAGACAUUCAGAAUUUUAGUCCUGAUGACCCCCUUUUAGUUAAGGAUAGUAAUGGAGACAGUUAUUCCAUAUAUUUUGAUAUUGAAAAUCAAAUUUUUGAGAUUGAUAAAAAGAAUUCUUUUCGGGGUGAGCUAGAAAGUUCUUUUCCUAGUUAUCAGAAUUCUAGUUAUCUCAAUGAUGUAUCUACGAUUGAAGAUACCUACUCGAACUCUAAUCGGGACAUGUAUGAUACUCAAUAUAGUUGGAAUACUCAUAUUAAUAGUUGCAUUGACAGUUAUCUUCAAUCUCAAAUCGGGAUUGAUACGGACAUUGUAAGUAGUAGUGAUAAUUACGGCGAUAGCUACAUUUAUAGUUCCAUUUAUGCUGAAAUUACAAAUAAUAGUGAAAGCGAGGGUUCGGAUAUACUAACCCACGCGACGGUUAAUGAUUUUACUUUAAGUGAAAGUUCUAAUGAUUCCGACGAUGUAAGUCAAAAAUAUAGGGAUUUGUGGGUUCAAUGCGAAAAUUGUUAUGGAUUAAAUUAUAAGAAAUUUUUGAAAUCAAAAAUGAAUAUUUGUGAACAAUGUGGAUUUCAUUUGAAAAUGAAUAGUUUGGAUAGAAUCGAACUUUUGAUCGAUCCCGGUACUUGGGAUCCUAUGGAUGAAGAGAUGGUUUCUUUGGAUCCCAUUGAAUUUCAUUCCGAAGACGAACCUUAUAAAGAUCGCAUUGAUUCUUAUCAAAGGAAGACAGGAUUAACUGAGGCUGUCCAAACCGGCAUCGGCCAACUAAAUGCCAUUCCCGUAGCAGUUGCGAUUAUGGAUUUUCACUUUAUGGGGGGUAGUAUGGGAUCCGUAGUUGGGGAAAAAAUUACCCGUUUGAUUGAGUACGCUACCGAUAAGUGUCUACCUCUUAUUAUAGUAUGCGCUUCAGGGGGGGCGCGCAUGCAAGAAGGAAGUUUGAGCUUGAUGCAAAUGGCUAAAAUUUCGUCUGCUUUAUAUGAUUAUCAAUCAAAUAAAAAGUUAUUUUAUGUAUCAAUCCUUACAUCUCCUACUACUGGUGGGGUGACAGCGAGUUUUGGUAUGUUGGGUGAUAUCAUUAUUGCCGAACCCGAUGCUUACAUUGCUUUUGCGGGUAAACGAGUAAUUGAACAAACAUUGAAUACAACCGUACCCGAAGGUUCGCAAGCGGCUGAAUACCUAUUUGAGAAGGGUUUAUUCGACCUAAUUGUCCCACGUAAUAUUUUAAAAAGUGUUCUGAGUGAGUUAUUGGCGUUCCAUGAUUUCCUUCCUUUGAAUCAAAAUUCAAUAGAGAACUAA